AUGUCCUGUCUCUCUCAGCCCAGUGACCACCAUAUCAGCACGCGGCCGAAACUCACUUUACAAACAACGUCUCUCCCGCGCACCUUCGGCAGUUCCACAACCGGCCUCUCUCUCUCCUUCGCUGCAGCAGGCGCAUCGCCAACAGUGCGCAAUACCUUCAUAAACGCCUACGAUGUCGCCUCUCCAUCUUCUGCAACGGCUUCUCCCUCCAAGAUAACUGCACCCGCAUCCACAAUAACAUCCACAUCCACAUCAUCCACAUCCAACCACCGCUUCAACAACAGCAAACCCAUCUCUCCCUACAUCCACCACCCUCCUACAAACCACCCCUUCAGCUACCGCCCUUAUCAAAUUCCUCUAGGAGUGCGCAGCAUCCUCCGCAACUCCCCGCUGGAACCAUCCCGCCUUCGCUCAGGCUCCAUAUCCGCAGGCACCAGCGGGCCCUCAGGCUCACGCCGGGUCUUCUUCCCUGCCAAGAAGACAGUCAGCUACCGGUACCCACUCGAAGAGGAGAUUCACACCGAACAAUACACGGCGCAGCAUCUAGAUCUUCUAGGGGAGGCUGUGCUCCAGGCACCCGCGCCCGUACCCGUACCCGCACCUGUGUCCGACUCCAUAGACUCGGACUCGGAUUCGGGCUGUGCAUCCCUUUCUGAAACUAGUACCUCGGACGAAGGCAGCGCCGACGAAACGGGAGUCCGAGGCACCUCACUUUCUAAGAUCGAGCGCAAGAAACGUCGCUCGAUGGGCGUUGAGCGUCAGGUGCGAGCGGUGGCUUUGCUGGAUGGGCUGGAAUCGGAUUAUAGUUCUACGCCGCAGACGCCGAGACAGGGGCGGGCGAAAAGGAGACGAGAGUGGAAGUGGACUCUUGGCCCGUUGGGGCCGGAGGACCAGAAUGUAAAGGACUCGUCGCUGCCUACGGACGACAAAGCGGAGCCGCAAUCUGGCCCGUGA